AAACCCUAGCCUCCGCUUUGUGAUAUCCAGACUCCACUCAGUCUACAACCCGACGGUCCGCGGACUCCGACCCGCCGCCCGCGUCGUCUUCGCCGUUGUCCGUGUCGUCGUCGCCGUUUCGCCCUCGUCCGCCGCCCGCGUCGUCUUUUUGGGUGUUUUGUUGUGAACAGGGUUAGAUUCGAGAUGGCAGACGAGGGGCAGAAGCGCCUUGAUUACGUUGAGGAGACGGUGCUGAAGAAGAGGAAGAACAAUGAUCAAUGGGCCAUUAAGAGGAGAGAGCAGAUCGAAUCUCGAAAGCAACGGAACAAAGACAUCACCAAGUCCGCAAUCAAGAGGCCCGAGCAAUUUGUUCAGGAGUACCGCCUGAAGGAGUUGGAUUUUGUACGUAGGAAACGGAGACUAAAGAUGCGGAAGUUAUCCAAAGGUGACAUAAAGUCUAACUUGCUAUUUGUAAUCCGCAUCCAAGGCUCGACGGACAUGCAUCCCACCACGAGAAAAACCCUAAAGCAACUGAGGUUGAGGCAAAUCCUUAAUGGUGUCUUUGUAAAGGCUAAUGAAGCAAAUUUGAGAAGGCUUCUCGCUGUCGAUCCAUUCAUCACUUAUGGUUAUCCUAAUGCGAAAAGUGUGAGGGAGUUGAUCUACAAGAAGGGUUGUGCCAUGAUAGACAAUCAGAGGGUCCCUCUCACAGACAACAAUGUUAUUGAACAGGCUCUUGGGAAGUAUGGUAUCAUCUGUCUUGAAGAUAUUGUGCAUGAGAUUUCCAAUGUGGGACCGCAUUUUAAGGAGGUGAGCAGGUUCCUGUGGCCAUUCAAGCUCAAGAAGCCUGAAAGCCUUCACCCUUUGAAGAAGAAGCAUUUCAAAGACGGUGGUGAUUCAGGCAAUCGCGAAGAACACAUCAAUGCAUUUAUAGAGAAGUUGAAUUAAGGGGGACGAGCGAUGUCUUGCUUCGUGCAGUGGUCGGCUUGAAUUUGUUUCGACAAGCCAUGUGACUUGAACUUUGGCUGCUAGAGGUGGAAACUGUGUUUGAAAAAAACUGUGGAUUUGAACUGUUAGCCAUCCGAAGGUUUGGAUUAUACGCAUUGCUUAUAGCCAAUUACAAAUUUUGUGCUAUUUCCCA